AACACUUGCAUUUCAACACGUCACAAGACCAAGUCCAGUUGAGGAAUUCAUCAAUACAUCAUCAACACAUCAGACCCCAGACUCUAGCCAGAAAUAUUCCAGCAGUUGCCAGAUCAAAUGUCUCCUAAACUUUUUAUUCUCUGCGUUAUGGCAAUGCUGGUCAAAAAUUCUAUUCCAGAGAACAGUUACACUUGCCAUCUACAAAAGAUUGUAGGGCCGUGUAGGGCAAAACUACCCCGAUACUACUAUAAUAUGGAAUCGGGCCACUGCGAAAAAUUUUAUUACGGCGGCUGUGGAGGGAAUGGAAAUAAUUUCAGAAACAGGAAACAGUGCGAGUUUGUCUGCGAAUCUAUCGACCCUAUCUGCUCGCUUCCACCGGACGGAGGAGACUGUGAAGCCAGUUUUGAGGCUUAUUAUUAUGACCAGAAAUCUAGAAAGUGCAAGCAAUUUACCUACGGCGGCUGUGACGGAAAUGAGAAUAGGUUUGACAGCAAACAAGAAUGCGAAGAUUUCUGCGUCAGGACAAACAAAAUUGAUUGA